CUUGGUUUAAUGGUUAAGAUUGGGGUUAGUCUCAAGGGAAUACAUUUAAGUCAAUACACUGUCCUCGUAAGUGACAACAACAAGAUUGUGUGUGUUUUGUAUUAUAGCCGUGUGUUUGGUGCACUUCCAGUUCCCUGACUUAUCUAUAGAAGAGCAGGUGCAGACGUACACUGGUACACAAAAUACCAGUGUAUGCAAACAUUGUUUCAGCAGAGACAAUGCCAGAACAGGUCAUUGCAUUUCCCUCAGUCGUGUCAUUGCUCAUUUACACUUCAUUCUACACACACUAUGAGACUGUCUUGCAUGUUAUCAGCCACUGUUUUCACCAUCUGUAUCUGAGUGUAUAGAGCGAGGCAGAUGGAGGAAGCGAGGGAGAGACAGAGAGUGGGUGAGUUACAGAGAGAGGGAGAGAGGGUCAGUGAGAGUCACAGAGGGAAGGAGGGAGACAACCACAGCUGUGUUUUUUUGCCUGUGAGGAUUGCUGCUGGGCUUCAUCCCGCAUUCUCCCCUCUAAAAGUUUUCAGCCAGCCAACCUCAUCAUGAACCUCUCGGAGCAGAUUUCACUCUUCUUCAGCUGUAAUGUCAGCCCGAGCGAGAAGCCACAGCUCGAUAUUAGUGUCACCAAAAGGGAGCCGCUGACAAUUGCCGUCCCAAUGACCAUCUUCUACAGCAUCAUCUUCUUGUUUGGAGUCUUAUUCAAUGGUGUGAGCAUACUGACCCUCCUCAUGGAUGCUCAUAUGAGAGUCAGCGCCAUUCGUUUCUACCUCAUCAGCCUGGUUAUAUCAGACAUCCUGCAGCUGGUGACCAUCCCGGUAACUUUGUAUCGGUACUACUGGGAAAGCUACCCAUGGCGCCUGGGUCAAACAGUAUGCAAAGUCUACUUCAUGGUCCGCCAAGUGUACUGUGCCACCACAAGCUGGGUGAUCAUGACCUUCACCACUGAGCGCUAUGCGGCCAUUUGCCACACCAUGUGGUCUGUCUCCAGCCUAAAGAAAUCUCGACUGCCAUGCCUUCUUUCAGUAUGGAUCAUUUCUCUGGUCUCAGCAGUACCCUUUGCUCUGGUCUAUGACCAGGCUAGUGCCUGUAUCUUAGACUACACAGCCACUACACGAGAAGAAGCUUUCCACGUCUCCACCAUGUGUGAGAUGACAGAGCCGGAUCCUGCACACAUCUACAAGGGAGCUUUACUCCUGAGAGCAGGGAUCUUCUUUCUGGUUCCUCUGAUCUCCAUCUGUACUCUCUAUCUGCUAAUCCUGCUCUACCUGAGGCGGAACGGACGUCAAAGGAGGAACAUGGGUCUCAUGAGGCCGAAUCCAGAAGGAAGAAGAGACAUCCAGUGCCAUCGAAAUGGAAAGCUACUUUUGAAUGAAAAGAGAGCUCUAAAACUCAUGGGUGCAGUCUUAGUGGCCUUCUUUGUUUGCAACUUUCCGGACAUUGCCUCGUCACUGAUGCAGGUCUAUGUGGUUGUGUGGUCCGACACUGUCCUCUCUGUCUACACAAUCCUAAAAUCAUACUUGUCACUUCCCCUGUGGUAUAUCAACGGUGCUCUGGACCCGCUGCUCUUCUGCAUUUCCUCCAAAACAUUUCGCAGGGCGUGCUGGAGAACUCUGGGUAGGCUCAAGCCUCACUGCUACUGGAAGUACAGGACCAUGUCUUGGCUGAGGCAGAGAAGUUCUACUGAGGAAGCAAGCAUGACUGCCAGAGAGAGGACUGAUGGCAAAUGCUGUAGAGAGAAGGGGGACAAAAAGAGACAUACGGUCUCUAAGAAAUCAGAUCAAAGGAGCGGGGAUAGCAGUGAAAAGCCGUGAGCUGUGAAAGCCCUGGUCAACAAUGAUGUAUACAAAAGCUGUAUACAUAGAUGUAUAUAUUUUUUCCCGAUAGCUCCUGUUUGUUUCUGUGCCUUUAUUGUUGUAAGAGUUCUCAGAGUGUCAUCUCACUGAUGCCAUAUGUUAGCAGUUGUUUUUGUAUAUCCAGAGAAUAUGUUGAAUAUACUUGUAUUGUAACAUUUCUGUUCUUUCAGAAGCUUUUUUGUCUAGCGAGAAAAAUAUGUGUAGUGCUCUAAAGCUUUAAUUAUUGUGACUGAUGUUAAGACAUUGAAUGUAAAAAUGUAUUUUUUUUUUUAUAUCCAGUGUGACGUGGCAUUGUGUAUUAUGAUGCUGAGUUUGAAAUAUAUGCUAAGACUGUUAUUCAGGGAUAUCGCUCACUGCGCAUGUGACAUACCAAUUCAUUUUUGAAUCUACACAGAACACAGAGGCAGGACACAAUCAGUUACAGAACAUUUUAUACACGUCUGCUCUUUGCAUUACCCUGCAACACUGUUUUACAACUGAUGGGUUAGUCACAAACAUGUUGCCUGAUAAAAGUGUUCAUCAUUAUUGUGUCUUCAAAAAGCUGUUUGGAGCUGACAUAAGUGAACCCACAAUUUUUUAAUGUUGUGUUUUGCACGUGAUGUGUAAUUUUGCCAAACAUCUGGAUUUGCAGCAGAGUAGAAAAGUCUUUGUAUUGUCACGAUAUUCAUCAGCAGGAGACCAAGUCUAUAAGUGCUCAACAAAAACAUGCGAUUAGUUACCUGUAGAUGCUCAGUCUUUCUGUUUUUCUAUUGUUAUGUCCACAUAAAGGAAAAAUGGGAAUUGGUAACAAACAAACAUUGUAUGGAUGUUUUCCAUCUUGAAUUACAAAUAAUCACGACCUAGCAUCAAGAGUGUAAAGAUAUGUGUGUGCCUCUUAAAAAUUAUGGCUUUCCUCGAAUGUUUGUUUGAAUUUUUUGGAUCCAGAUCAGACAUAUGUAGGCUGGGUUAACUUUAUUUUCCAUUGCUCCU